UAUAUUGUUUCUUAUAGAAGUUGCUUAAACAAGAGCAGCACUGAGCUGCAUAUCUUUUGGAACACAUGAUUACUGCACAACUGUGAAAACUCAACCAAUACCUAACAACUUCCAAUUUUUCGUACUUGCUACAAAAAAAACGCCACAAGAUCACCAUUAAAACUCCGCAACACUUGACAGACUCCUCCGCCACCCUGAGCAGUCGUAAUAACAGCAACCGCAGUCUUAGCUCCUCUCAAACAGCAACUCAUUACUCAUAUUCAGACUCCAGAAGCAACACUAUGACCGAUUAUAGCGAUUUGGAUCGCCAGAUUGAGCAGCUGAAACGCUGUGAAAUAAUCAGAGAAAAUGAAGUAAAGGCACUAUGCGCCAAGGCGCGCGAAAUACUCGUUGAAGAGGGAAAUGUGCAGCGUGUUGACUCACCAGUCACAGUGUGUGGCGAUAUUCACGGACAGUUUUAUGAUCUUAAAGAAUUAUUUAAAGUUGGUGGCGAUGUACCCGAAAAAAAUUAUCUCUUCAUGGGCGAUUUUGUCGAUCGAGGUUACUAUAGUGUCGAAACAUUUCUGCUGUUAUUAGCGCUUAAAGUACGUUAUCCAGAUCGCAUUACAUUGAUACGCGGCAACCACGAAUCACGCCAAAUCACACAAGUUUACGGAUUCUACGACGAGUGUUUGCGUAAAUAUGGAUCGACGGCUGUUUGGCGCUAUUGUACUGAAAUCUUUGACUAUCUUAGUCUUUCGGCUAUCAUUGACGGAAAGAUAUUCUGCGUGCAUGGUGGUCUUUCACCUUCAAUACAGUAUUUAGAUCAAAUAAGAACGAUUGAUCGCAAGCAAGAGGUACCUCAUGAUGGACCCAUGUGUGAUUUAUUAUGGAGUGACCCUGAAGAUCAGACGGGUUGGGGUGUGUCGCCACGCGGAGCUGGCUAUUUAUUUGGUUCAGAUGUGGUGUCUCAAUUUAACCGCACCAACGACAUUGAUAUGAUAUGCCGAGCCCAUCAAUUGGUCAUGGAAGGAUUCAAAUGGCAUUUUAAUGAGACUGUAUUAACUGUUUGGUCAGCGCCGAACUACUGCUAUAGAUGUGGAAAUGUGGCAGCAAUUUUGGAAUUAAAUGAGUACCUGCAUCGAGACUUCGUUAUUUUCGAAGCCGCGCCUCAAGAAAGCAGGGGUAUACCAUCUAAAAAGCCGCAAGCCGAUUAUUUUCUCUAAAAAGCACAGGCAAUCUGAUCAAUUGACUGGACAGCAAAUCAAAUUGACAUUUUGCGGAUUAACUAAUGCAGAGAAACGUAAAUACUAUAUUGCACUGUAGGGGAUAUCAAAUUUCCGGAGCUGUUUAGUAAACAACUAGCAACAUUUUGUUAGUAUUUUUACUUCCCUUAGCCUAUUUUAUUUUAAGUUAUUUGAGUGUACUUCAUAUUAUAACAAAAAUCUCUAUUUGUGAACACAAACUUACAUCUGGAUCAUUCAUUUAUACAACAAAUUCAACCUACUGCCCGUGUUAUGCCUACGUGUCCAAUUUUGCAAACAAAUCGAUACAUAACGUUGGCGCCCAUGGUUGUUAAAGUGAUGUAAGUUUCCGAUUACUCAGUAGUAUAUACAUACAUUACACAAAUUGUGCGCAAUUUCUACAAAGUUCCAUGAUAUAGAAAUAUGAAUUGCUAAAAGUCGUACGAUAAUAAUAGUAAUUUUCAUAAACCGUAUAUCAUUUUUUAAACAAAAAUUAAAACAUAGAAAGUAAAACCUUAAAUGUAUUGAAGGAAAAAUAUCGAGAAAUUACGUCACAUGAGUAUUGCAAGGAGAUAAAGCUAAACUUAGUCAUAUAGUAACUGCCACUGCUCGUAAUUUGUCUCUCUGAACACUGGAAAGUGCGUUUUUUCCAUUUAACGACCAAUACGCCAAAAAUAAAAAAGUGAAAUCUGGCGCAAAAGAUUGUAGUUUUGUAUAAAUAAAAACACCAAAACUCACCAAAAAUUACAAAGAACUAUAAAAGCAAUUUUACAAUUUUGUUAUAUGAGUGAUUUGUCAGAAAGUAACUCGCGGUCCUGUCAGUGGCCUGACAUGCUUAUGGUACUAGCUGAUGACGGUCCGUAAAUAACACACAAUUUUUCAAUUAAAUAUAUCAAGACCCGAGGACUGUAAUUAUAGUGUUGACUAUAUUGUGAACACGAUGAACUAAAGUAAACGCAAAUCGUAAAAUUAUAUGAAAUAAAUUUAAAUAGGCUUAAGAACUAAAAUAAAA